AUGAAUCCUAAAAGCUCUGAGGCGAGAAAUCGAAAUGAAAAUCCUUUUGAAGGUUUAAAUAUAACCAGCUCAGAAGCAUUAUUAAACUUGAAAACUCGUAACGCGUGCUCCCGCUGCCACAAGUCGCGCAUGUAUUUUUGUUAUACAUGUUAUCUACCGGUUCCUCCAUUACAGGGUAAAAUACCCUCAUGUGAUUUGCCUAUUAAAGUUGACAUAAUUAAACACAAACAUGAAAUAGACGGCAAGAGCACAUCUGCACAUGCUGCAGUACUAGCUCCAAACGAUGUAAGAGUUUUUACAUAUCCUGAAAUACCUCAAUAUGAUAAAAAUGAAAGAGUUGUUCUAUUAUAUCCUGGAGCAGAUGCUUACACUGUUCAAGAACUAUAUAGCGGCAGAAACAAAUCACAGACAUAUUCAGAGAAAUUAUUAGCAGAACUACCUCAUGGUUAUAAUGUCGGUACAUUGAUGAGAAAAGUAUAUGACAAUGAUGACAAAGGGAAUAAAAUUUACCAUGUUGAAGAAUUGCCCAUAGACAGACUUGUUAUUAUUGAUAGCACUUGGAAUCAAAGUAGAGGCAUUUUUGCUGAUAUUCGAUUACAGAAUUUACAGAAAGUGGUUCUACAGCAUCGAUUAUCUCAAUUUUGGCGUCACCAGAAGGGCAGUCCAAGAUGGUAUUUAUCUACAAUUGAAGCAUUACAUCAAUUUUUGAUAGAGUUACAUAUCUGUGCUUGGGGUUGUGAUGAAAUAUAUGUUACCCCACUUACAACUAAUUGGCCUGUCCAUGAAAAAAAUGGCCACAUUCAGUGUAGGCCUUACAUUGGUGAAUAUGACAACUUACUCUACUUUUUUAAAUUCAUGUAUGAAAAAUUACAUUGUCUUUAUAAGCAUGAAGAUUUGUUAGCCUAUCAAAGACCUAUGGAGGUGUAA